AUGGCGGACAAGGCAGUUACCAUCCGUACCAGAAAGUUCAUGACCAACCGGCUUCUCUCUAGGAAGCAAUUCGUCAUUGAUGUUCUUCAUCCAGGAAGGCCCAAUGUUUCCAAGGCGGAGUUGAAAGAGAAGUUGAGCAGAAUGUAUGAGGUCAAGGACCCGAAUUCUAUAUUUGUUUUCAAGUUUCGUACCCAUUUUGGAGGUGGGAAGUCAACCGGCUUUGGUUUGAUUUAUGAUUCGGUUGAGAACGCAAAGAAGUAUGAGCCUAAGUACAGGCUCAUUAGGGUAAUUUCAUGUUAA